AUGUCUUAUCCGAUGCGGGGCGCACCCUCAUCUUACAGAAGGUCCCUUGGACGCUGGGUGACCAAUUCCACAGUGAUGGGUUUGGUUUGCUAUGUCGUGGGCGUCGUGGUGGCAACUUCCCUGACAGCCUACUAUGAUGGUUUGGAUGGCCUCAAGCGUGCUUGGUCACCGCAGAAGAUCCUGCAUUGCCUUCCCGCUGCUUUCCUAUUUGCUUUGGCUACAACACUUGGAAACUUGGGCUUUGCCAUGGGCAUCAGCCCUGCCCUUUAUCUAGUGUUGGGCAAAUUCUACACUCCAGUUGCAGCCUUUUGCGCUCGCUAUAUCAUGGGCAAAUACUAUAUGCCCCUCGAGUGGUUUGCACUCAUCAUCCUGACGCUUUCCUCGGCUGCCUUUGGAUAUUUGCAGGUCUACAAUAUUAGCUCAAAAGGGCCAUCAGGAGCGCCUUUAGGCGCCAUGGCCAUGGUUUUAGGUUCAGCUGCGGUCUCCGCCUUGGCUUCCUUGGUCACGGAGAAGAUACUGAAAGGAGAGCGGGAGGCUUUCCACGUGCAAAAGGUCCGGCUGGAUUUCGGCAGCAUUCUUUCGAGCCUAGUGCUGAUUCCGAUCAUAGGCUUCAUCGCGACACGACCCCAGGAUGUGCCCUGGGCUGUCCGGCCUGACAGCUAUGAAACCUGCCCAGCGCAAUCAGUAUGUUGGGACCUAGGCGCUGGAACCUGCAACAACCCAGAGUGCGACUGUCCGUGUACUUCCGGGCUGUUUGCGGGUUGGGAUACUUGGCUCAUCUUCAUGGCUGUUUUUGUGAAUACGGCACAAGGAUGGUUGGUGGGCAAAGUGACCCAUGCCUUUUCAGUCAUCCAUCGCGCCAUCGCAGAUUCCUUUAGCCUUUUGGGGAUCUACUUCAUUGGCGAUCCACUCUUGAAUGGCAAGAGCCUUGACAACAGCACACUGAACCUGGUGGCGAUGAUCGUUCCCUUGAGCACCGCCACGUUCACGGUGGCCACCACGGAAAUGCGGAAAGCCUUUGAGGCCCAGAAGAGGAUUGGGCAAGGCAUGGGUGGUGCCAGGCCUCGUGUGACUUCUGUCGACUUUGACAGUGACGAUGAGUCCGUGAUGUUAGGAAGUGCUGUCCACAACCUUUCGAUGUCUGUGGCAAAUUCGAAUUCACUCAAUUCAGGGACAACACCCUAG